GUGGAGUUUGUGAAUUAUUCUGUCUUUCUGCGCAUUCCGUCCAGCCUCACUCGGGUCGACAACGUCUGGGUGUGGGAAUCAUUUGAAGUUAUUCAUUGGAAUAUUUUUUGGGGGUGAAUUUUUCGAGACACAGCUGCUAGAAUUCUGUCGUGGCUUGCGCAUGGGUUCACACUGUGGGUGAGACGUCAGAUUAGGUGCAUCUCAGUUUGUAAACAAGCUCUGUUCAGUUCCUAGGGAUGGAGAACUCAUCAGCCACGCAUGCGGCCUGGUUGUCGCUGGCCGUAGCAGCUAUGGUGGGAGCCACCGUAGCCGCCGCAUCUUCAUACAUGUUGCACUGUAGAAGUUUGGAACGUCUACAAUCACAACGGAUGCUAGAUUUCGGGGAGCACAGGAGGCGAAGGCCCGGCUCUCAACAGAGAAGAGUCAACAAAGAUCUCGGCAGUUCAACAGUUCCUGAGCUUAUGGCACACGACAAUGUCAAGUCGGUCUUGAACUCUUCGUUGCCGCCCACUAGCAUGGCAAAAGGGGGAUCAUCCGAUUCCGUUAGUACUAUACCUCCCGGCCUCCCCCGAGUUAAAACUCGAAAAGAAGGUGGAACGCAGCCGACGGCCCUUGCGCGACGUCCACCAAAUCCCUCUAUGAAUCCUGCCACUUUGAUUCGCCCCUCCUCUCCAAGCUCUCCUGUUGGAGCGGGGCCCUAUGAAAGUGUGGAAGGCUCAGCAGAAGAGGACCAUCUGCUGGAAAAUGGCGAGGAGGAUACUUAUGAUGGAGAUUUUGACGAUGACAAUGAUACUAAUGAUGACAUGAUUGCUGAUGGCGAAAGAAAUGGUGGAUCUGAGAUGGUGGAAGGACUUGUGCGACCUCAGUCCCCCAGUGCAGAGAAUGCGGUACUGAAAGCCGCCGCUGAUAAAUCAGCUGCUAACUUGAUACGAUCUCACAGCAUAGCUGGGGAUCUGCAUGGUAUUCACGCUCCAGAUCCUGUUGCUGCUGAUAUUCUUCGCAAGGAGCCUGAGCAAGAGACUUAUGUUAAACUGAAUGUUUCCCCCAUAGAGGCGCCUUCUGAAGAGGAGGAGGAGGUGUGUAAAUAUAUGCAUGAAUGUAUGGCUCUACGAGACAAGUAUGUGUACCGAGAGAAGACCCCCCCGUGGGUAAAGGAAGAGAUUAUAGACUCUGACACCCCAAAGCCAAAUCCCGAUCCUUUUUACUACCGACCUGAACCAGCUUCCUCGCAUACGUAUGAAAUGGUGGAUGGUGUUUAUCGAGUCUAUGCACCCAAUGAACCGCAAGUGGAGCUCUUUCCAGUGCAUGAUGCCACGACUUUCUUUACUGAUAUGCACCGCAUACUGAGGAUUGUUUCGCUUGGCAACGUCCGGACUUUGUGUCAUCAUCGUCUCAAACUACUGGAGCAGAAAUUCAGUUUGCACCUGAUGCUGAAUGCGGACCGUGAGUUCCUUGCUCAAAAAAGUGCGCCUCAUCGAGAUUUUUAUAACGUGAGGAAAGUCGACACACACGUGCACCAUUCUUCAUGCAUGAACCAGAAACAUCUUCUGAGAUUUAUCAAAUCCAAACUACGAAAGGAAGCUUCUGAGGUUGUCAUCUUUCGCGAUGGAAAGUAUCUUACUCUGCGGGAGGUGUUUGAGAGUCUAGAUCUCACCGGUUAUGAUCUCAAUGUCGAUUUGCUGGAUGUCCAUGCUGACAAGAAUACAUUUCACCGAUUCGACAAGUUCAACUUGAAGUAUAAUCCUUGUGGCCAGAGUAGGCUAAGGGAAAUAUUCCUAAAGCAGGACAAUCACAUCCAAGGACGCUUCUUAGCAGAGUUGACUAAGGAAGUUUUCUCAGAUCUUCAAGCAAGUAAAUAUCAGAUGGCUGAGUAUAGGAUAUCAAUUUACGGAAGGAAGAAGAGUGAGUGGGAUCAACUGGCCGAUUGGAUUGUUCACAAUAAGCUGCACAGUGAGAACGUCACUUGGCUUAUUCAGUUACCAAGGCUGUACAACGUGUAUAAGGAAAUGGGUAUUGUGCAGUCUUUUGAGACAAUCCUGGAAAAUGUGUUCGCUCCUCUGUUCGAGGUUUCUGUGGAUCCCUCCUCUCAUCCACAGCUUCAUGUCUUACUCUCGAUGGUUGUUGGAUUCGAUAUGGUGGAUGAUGAGAGCAAGCCUGAAAGGCGGCCAACGAAGCACAUGCAACCACCUGCGAAAUGGGAUAAUCCUUUCAAUCCAGCUUAUUCAUACUGGGCGUACUACGUGUACGCCAAUCUCUAUGUCCUCAACAAGUUGAGGGAAUCCAAGAACCUUUCAACUAUUAAGUUCCGACCACACACUGGAGAGGCUGGUGAUUUGGACCAUUUAGCAGCAUCCUUCUUGGUGGCACACAAUAUUGCGCAUGGAAACAAUCUGCGUAAAACUCCUGGUCUACAGUAUCUUUAUUACCUUGCCCAGAUUGGAUUGGCCAUGUCUCCGCUAAGCAACAAUUCUCUUUUCCUAGACUAUCAUCGCAACCCUUUUCCUAUGUUUUUUGCCCGAGGUCUGAAUGUAUCGCUCUCAACCGAUGAUCCUCUACAAAUUCAUCUUACUAAAGAGCCUCUUGUUGAAGAGUACAGCAUUGCAGCACAGGUGUGGAAGCUGAGCUCCUGUGACCUCUGUGAAAUUGCACGCAAUUCUGUUUAUCAAUCGGGUUUCAAUCAUAGAACAAAGACACAUUGGCUGGGGAAAAAUUAUUACAAGAGGGGUCCUGAGGGGAAUGAUAUUCACAAGACCAAUGUUCCUCAUAUGCGUGUGGAAUUCCGUGAUGAGGUGUGGGUAGAAGAGUUGCAGUAUGUGUUCUUGGGGCAUGCCAAGAUAUCCGAUGUGAUACAUCCUUGACUACUGCCUUGUUUUCCUCGACUCCCAGUUUUGGUAUUGCUCUUGACGGGCCUCUCAUUAUUUCCCCUUGCGAGAAAAUGCUUACCCCAUCUUCCUUUGCACAAGGAGACUCAGAUGCGGCUGCGAUCAAGAAACUAUGUUCUCAUCCAAAAAAACACUCUUUGAUGUAAGCAGAGUAUACGCAAAGCUACGGCCAUGGUAUGGGUAUUCAUCCCGGCCGGCCGUUUGGAGGUGGAAGAGUUGGAUGCCUAUCCAUCUCCCUUCAUUAAUGGAAACUUUAAUUAUUACAUGGACGGAGACUACAAGAGAGAUGUAUUUCAUACAAGAUUGAUUUGUAGGAAAGAGACGCUUUGGUUACAAAUACAUGUGUAAGCAUCACGGGGGUGUGCUGCUUAAUCCUCCAUCCUGUGCAUUAUCUAUAAUAGUCACUGCAUUCUGUCUC